AUGUUGCCUCUGUCCCUUCUGCUGCUCCUCGUUUUCCCAGCAGCGCUCCUUGUGGCAGCGCAGGGCGCCGUGGACUUCCAGGGUUUCAGCUUUCCCGGAGGGGACCCUUGCAUGGUGGUGUAUCCCCCGUGUAUGAGCGAGGCUGACCGCUUCAGCCUGGAGGCCCUGCGCACUAUCCAUCAGAAGAUUGACGAUGACCAAGACGGCGAGAUCGAAGUGGAGGAGAGUAAAGAGUUCAUCAUUGAAGACAUGAAGCAGCAACAGACCAACAAACACAGCAACUUGCACAGGGAAGACCAGCACAUCACGGUUGAGGAGCUCUGGAGGGGCUGGAAGUCGUCUGAAGUACACAACUGGACUCAAGAUGACGUGCUGCGCUGGCUGAAGGAGUUUGUUGAGUUGCCACAAUAUGAGAAGAACUUCAAAGAUUUUAAGGUCAAUGGAAACACACUUCCAAGGAUUGCAGCUAAUGAGCCUUCAUUCCUGAGUGGACAGCUGAGAGUUCAGGACCAGAGGGAUAAGCAGAAACUCAACAUCAAAGCUCUGGAUGUUGUUCUGUUUGGACCACCUACACGUCCCCCUCAUAACUACAUGAAGGACCUGCUGCUGAUUGUAUCAGUGGUAAUGGGAAUUGGAGGCUGCUGGUUUGCCCAGGCCCAAAACAAAGCCAGCAAAAUCCACGUAUCGAGGAUGAUAAAAGAUUUGGAAAGUCUGCAGAGGGCUGAACAGAGUCUCUUAGACCUACAGGAACAGCUGGAGCGAGCCCAGGAAGAAAAACGAAAUGUUGCAGAGGAGAAACAGAACCUGGAGGAAAAGAUGAGGGAUGAGAUCAUGGGGGCGCAGGAGGAGGCUCAUCGUCUGCACAGGCUGAGGCAAGGAGCUGUCAGCGAACUCAGCCGCCUUCGAUUUGCAGAGGAAGAACUAGAGCAGGUCCUUAGUGCACUUAAGCAAGCGGAAAAGGAUGUGAAUGCCAGCUGGACUGCCUCAGAAGCACUUCAACAGUGGCUGCAGCUGACCCACGAGGUAGAGGUUCAGUACUACAAUGUCAAGCGGCAUGGUGCAGAACUACAACUUACCACUGCCAAGGAAGAGGCAGAGAGGAUCAAGAAGAAGAGGAGUUCUGUGCUUGGGACUCUCCAUGUAGCCCAUAGCUCAUCUCUAGACCAAGUUGACCAAAAGAUCUUGGAGGCAAAGAAUGCCUUGUCUGAGGUAACAGCCUGUCUACGUGAGCGCCUUCAUCGGUGGUCGCAGAUGGAGCGUCUCUGUGGCUUCCCCAUUAUUAGGAAUCCUGGUCUAGCAAACCUCACAGCUAAACUCUACACAGAACCAGUUGCUCUUCCAUUACCUCGAGUGCUCCAACCACCUUUUUCAUGCCAUAGCUCUAUCCAUGGAUCUAUAGAGGAUCUGUUAGAAGAUCCUACUUCUCCAAUAUUACCACAGAUGCCAGUUCCAGUUCAACCGCUGAAACGCUCUCCUAGAACACAGGGAUCCACCAUAUGUCGGUCACGCCGUCCCGGUGUGGUCACUCAGCCACAGAUCGCCAUGAUCUCUCAGGACCCUGACCUUCUCAUCCCCAGCCGAGCCCCUUAUCCGUGCCUUGAUGAAGAACAAGGCCACUUCCUUAAAACUCUCAAGAAACAAGACUCGGAGGAGAGGUUUUCAGACUCAGAAUAUAGGACUCCAUCUCCCCUGAUCAAAAUAUUACCUACUCUCACUGUUGACAGUUCUUCCCAAAAGCUUUAUCAUGAUGAAACUGAGAUGCUUCCAGACUGCUCCAUUAUGAAGACUUUGGGUAAAGAAGCAGAAGCUGUUGUUGAAUCUCCGGUUUGCAAAAUUUAUAUGGAAGAGCUUGAAGCUUCUGUAGAUGUUUCCGGCAGGAAAAUGGCAAAAGACCAGCUGUUUGAUGCUUCUUUGGAAACACCUUCAUUUUACCAUCCCCAAGAAGAGUCUUUGAUGGAGGCUACAUCAAGAAAGAUAUCCAGAGAAAGGAGUGAAGUUCCAUUGAACGUUGCAGUUAGAAAGUGCCUUUCCAAUGAGUUGGAUGCAGAAUUUCCAACCAGGAAAGUAGAAAGAGAUGCGACAGGGGAAUUGAAGGACACUGCCUCAAGGAGUGUAUAUCGAGAAAGGAGUGAUUUACCUAUGGAUGUGAGGAAGAUUAUUUGGAAUGAAAUAGAAUCGAAAACAGAUUUGGCACCUAGGAAGAUAUCAAGAGAUAUGAUGGGGUCUUCAAUGGACGGUACUUCAAGAAAGAUGAUACGGGAUGAUAUUGACUAUCCGUUUGACUUGGUAUCCAGAAGGAGUACAAGGGAUUCAAUGGGAAUGUCCAUAGACACAGGCUCUAGAAAGCUUGCAUGGAAUAAAGGCGAAUGCCAGCUUGAUUCAUCGGUGAGAGCUUCAGGAAUGGACAACAUGGCGGAGUCUUCCAGAAUACCAUCCAGAAAGAUAUCCAGAGAAGAGCUGGAGGAGUAUGGUACAGAUACUGCUUCCUUUAAGCUGUUACACAGAGAGAAAUUUGAAUCACUAAUGGAUAGCCUAUCAUCAACAGAGAAGCAAGGGUUUGGAUUGGAACCAUCAACAAGCAGGAGGAUACUGAGAGAUGAUCUUGAGAUGUCUGCUGGUUCUGUAAGACGGAGAAUACCAAGACUGACAAGAAACGACAGUGACAGCUCCACAGACACCUCCUCGGGAAAGGUUUUCUGGGAAAGAGCUGAUGUCCCAGUUGAAAUGCAAAGACAACACGUAAUGAGGGAGGAUAUGGGAGCAUCUGAAUUAAGCUCGUUCCAAGGUCCCAUUGAACAGCCAGACCUUACGGUUGCCUCCCAGGUGCCAUGGAGGUCAUCAUCAGACCUUAUUACUGUUGGCCCAUUGAGCCAGCUUGUUUAUGAUGGAAUCCUUGAGAAGUCCUGCAGUUCCAUGGCUUCAACCCCAACCGGCCUCUCUGCUUCAACACCUAACCUGCCCCAGAGCAGACUGCAUGCAGAGGUGGAUCCACAUCCUACAAGGAGUGCUAUCCAGACUCCUGCGUCACCACAUGAAACUGGAGAUGAGAAGCACAAGGAUAAAGAAAAGAGCAAGAAAUCCUUACGGCUUAAAAAUCUAUUCAAAAAGAAACACGAGUCAAGUCCAGAGAAGCUUCAAAGUGGUCUUCAGAAACUCUGA